AAUAUGCCUCAUACAUAGACUGAGAUACCGGUAUGCAUGUUGACACAGCAGGUUGCAGCACCAGGAUGUGCGUUAGAACUUGCAUGGAGUUUAAACUACAAGUUCCACAAAGCCGCUCACCUGUCUUCACAGACGACAACAAACCCGUGAUUUUUAAGGAACUUGGAGGAGGGAAGAGAAAGUUAACGUAGAAAUGUAAAAGACAAAAAGACAAACAGAGGGAUGCAAUUAUAUAUUUUGCUGCAUGUAAAGAAAUAUAAUAAAAAGUGUAGAUUGGAAAGAGGGCAAGUCACUUUGUUUGCGGCAUUCGACCAACACAGUCAACCAGGUAGUGGCGGUUCUUUGCGAACGUAUCAUCACUGAAAUCAUCACCCGUGGCGGGUUGGCUCUAGUGAACAUGUCAGGCAGUACAUUGCGUUACGGAGACAAAGUUGUCAUUGUGACCGGCGGGUCCAAAGGGAUUGGUAGAGGGAUUGUCAAAGUAUUCGUGGAGAAUGGAGCCAAAGUUGUAUUCUGUGCAAGAGGGGUGGCAGCAGGACAGGCUCUAGAGGCCGAGCUGAACAGGGCAGGGCCAGGGUCAUGCAAAUUUGUACCUUGUGACAUCUCCAAAGAGGAGGACAUCAAGAGGUUGAUUUCAGUGACAGUGGAGCAUUAUGGUCAAAUAGACUGUCUGGUCAACAAUGCUGGGUGGCACCCACCUCAUAAACCCACAGAUGACACUACUGCAGAUGAGUUCAGAGAUCUUUUGAAUCUUAACCUCAUCAGUUACUUCCUGGCCUCCAAAUAUGCCCUGCCCCACCUGCGACAGCGACAGGGGAACAUCAUUAACUUGUCCAGUCUGGUGGGCUCCAUUGGUCAGAAAAAUGCAGCACCAUAUGUAGCCACUAAGGGGGCGAUCAUUGCCAUGACAAAAGCCAUGGCUGUAGAUGAGAGUCGAUACCAAGUGAGAGUCAACUGCAUCUCCCCUGGUAAUGUGAUGACACCUCUGUGGGAGGAGCUGGCUGGACAGACUGCAGAUACCUUAGCUACCAUUAAAGAAGGAGAGAACGCUCAGCUGCUUGGUCGAAUGGGGACAGAAGCUGAGAGUGGGUUGGCUGCUCUGUACCUGGCUGCUGAUGCUACGUUCUGCACUGGGAUAGACCUGCUGCUUAGUGGAGGGGCAGAACUCAACUACGGCUACAAGAGCCAGGUCCCAUGAGCAGGCCUGUCACUCCGGGCCUUGUGCCUACCUGACCAAUAACAGGACCUGUUAUGUUCUAUUGCCAUCCUGCUUGUGAUUAUUGAACCAAUCACCCUGUCUUAUCCAUUGCCACGGGAUGUAGAGGUGCUGGAGAUGGUACAGCACCCCCUGGUGGUGAGAUGGUAAAGCUGCAAUAAUUUGUGUUGUUGCAAUAAAAAAUUAUUAAACUAUU